AUGACAUAUCAUUCGAUGGAUUUUAAAGGAUAUGAAUUGACUACGGACAGCGAAGACGUCGUGCCUAUUGGAUCUUUGGAUUAUCUUUCUACGAAAUACGAGGUAUGGUUCCUAUUUCAAAAGUCACCAAUAAAUUAUAUUAAUAUACUAAUGCAAACAUCGUUCAUAAUGUGUACCUAACAUCAAAUAAUUAGGAUACCUACAUACAUCAACUUCUAAAAGUUGACUAAGUUUGUGCACAAUUUAAUGUCGGAUAUUUUUUAUUGGCGUUUCCUGUAGUUUUUAUCAGUACAAGAAACCGAUCUACUUAAAGAUCCAUCUAUUAAUAUUCAUAAUCUAAGUAUCUACCUGCCCAUCAAAUUGGCUAGAACCUGUGGAAAUUAAUGAAACGAAACUGUAUCUAUUUUUAUAUUUAUCACUAUAAUAAUAACAAUAAUAACAAUAAUCAAUAUUGAAUUCGUUGAAGUUUAAAUUUGAAUACAAGAAAUUGUUCAUUUUUUCAUUUUUUUAUUACCUACUUAUUAUACCCAUUCAUAAUUGUGGGAAAGGUUCGAAAAAUGGUUUCCAUUAACCUGAGUUUCACAUAUAGCUGGUAGUCACAUUAGAAUCAAUAGAUGAAACUAAUUUAAUAAUUUAAUGUAACAGUUAAUAAUAUUUUAAACAUAGAUACCCGCAGGGACGGCCGUAAGAAUAUUGCCACCCGUACCCGCUCAUACCUGAAAGUACAAUAGUUUAGUUAAAAUUAUGUUCUUUUAUACCAAUAAUAAUAUGAUUUUGGAUUUUGCUCCUCCUAUCCAUCUGGUUUAUAUUUAUGCGGCAUUCUUGCUUAUAUGUACUACAUACUUUCUAACUGCAUGUCUAUGGUUUUUUAUUUAAAUACCUAUAUCAUAUAUUUUUAAUUUGUCAUUUUUAUAAAGAGUUUAGAUUAUGAAGUCAUUGAAAAUGAGUUGUUUUGCGAAGAAGAGCAAAAGAAAGGUUAUAAAUAUAUUGUACACAAGGAUUUCGCUAGAUGGAUGACAUUUUUUUGGAUCGGGGUCAUGACCGCCUGUGUUGGAAUAACCAUUUCUAUUAGCAUUGAAAUCGGAACAAAUUUUAAGUUUAAUGUGAUAAAAAAAUGUAUCCUUUUUUUAGAAAUAAGGUUUAUAGUAAUAAAUUAAUGACGGAUUUUCAAAAGUGUUAUUUUCAAUAGAUGCCUAUUUUUUGACAUUUUAUUUUAAUUACGUCGGUGGUUGGAAGAGAUGGCCGGAAGGGUCAAGACUCAAGACCCCUAUACUAUCUAUUUAAAACACAAAAAACAAAUAUUGUUUUCAACUAAUACUCAAUAACAUAUCAAAUAAAAAAAUAUAAAUAAUUACAAACAAUAAUAAUAAUAUUAAUGUAUAUAAGUAUAUGAUAUGCGAAACAAAUAAAGAAAUUACCAAAAACAAAAAAACCAAAGCUUGAAGUAUUAUAAAAGUUGUACACACAACUAUAUAACUUUGUGUACAACUUUUAUAAUAGGUACUCCAGACACCUAUAUAAAUUAAAUAUUAUACAUAAUACAUAUAAUACAUAAAAUAUAUUAUUAUUUGUAUUUAUUUAUUUUUUUCGUAUCUAUUCAUAUUUGAUAUUAUAUUAUAUGAUAAUACAUUUGAAAAAUAAAAGUCGGUCGAUAUUUCCUAAAGUAUAACAUUUAUAUUUAGACUGCGACGGAUGUACACAAAAUGAUUGUAUGCUUAAACCGUAUUUGAUAGCUCUUGUAUUAAGUAUAGUCCCUUCGGUAGUCGGAUCGAUUCUCGUGGUAUACAUCGAAGUGAGUCCAGUUAUAAUUAUAUCUACUAACUGUAUAUUAUAAUUUUAUAAUCCACUAUAGAAUAAUUAUUUAAUAAUAUUUUGUUGCAUUGACGUACAGCCCAUGGCUAACGGUGCCGGUAUCCCGCCUGUGAAAUGUUAUUUAAACGGAAUCAAGAUACCGCGGUUGACUAGACUGAAAACGUUGGUUGUAAAAGUUAUCGGCGUUAUUUGUACGAUACUUGGUGGAUUGUGGGGUGGUAAAGUAAGUUUAAUAAUCUUCUCCUUGUCCUUCAGGGUAUACAACGGUCUAUAAGACCAUACAUCGAUUUGAUAUUCGUGCAUUCCAAUCUGAUCCUCCUCGUAAUACUUCCGCAUCUUUCUUGUCUACUCUCUUCUCACCUCCUCUCAGUCUUCCAACGGGUUUUUCCCUGUCAAAUUCUAUUCUAGUACUGCACGAAAUAAUACGUUUUGGAUUCUCCAGGUGUCCUGCUCAUUGUAGUCUCUUAUUUAGUUAUUUUUGAUGAUUUCUACGUUUUCUGAUGUAUAUACCUCAUUCUUUUUUAUCCUCCACUCUUCAAUAUAUGCGUUAAAGAAAACUUUAGUCAAAUUUAAGGAUAAUUACUACUAUUUAGGUUGACUUUUUUUUCUGUUGUUUUUGUAUUGAUUUUCUUCAUUGUAGGAAGGUCCAAUGAUUCACGCUGGUGCAAUUAUAGCUGCAGGGAUUUCUCAAGGGAAAAUCAUAACGCUAAACAAAGAUCUGGAUGCAUUAAACUUCUUCAGAGAAGACCACGAAAAAAGAGAUUUUGUAUCCGGCGGAGCCGCAGCUGGAAUAGCUGCCGCUUUCGGCGCUCCAGUUGGUACGUGUUAAAUAUUUAUUUAUUUUUAAAAUUAGAAUACUGGAUUUCGCUGAGACUACUCGUGCGGGAACCCAAGAGUUUUAAAUUAAAUUUAACCUAAUUAGUAAAAUAAUAAAAAAAUAAUCAAUAUUACAAUUAUUUGUUAAUUAUAUUAGGUACACAAUAAUGAUACAAAGAAUGUGAGCAGUUUAUAUAAUUGAUCUAAAAUAGAUAUAUGGUUGGCAGUCGGUGAAAUCGUAUAUUAUUACAUUUUUACAAUUUAUUUUUGUUGUUUUAAAUAAAUUCGUUUGGAUUAUUUGAUGGUUAUUCCUAGGUAAGGAUAAGGAAUCGAACAAAAAAAGUUGCAUCAAAAUAGGUAAUGUAAGUCUCGAGAUUUUUGCUUACACAUAAACAAAUGGCUGAGACGAGAUUGGAAGUUAAUUUUUCUAAAGCACAUAUUCAACAAUAUUACCUAUUCAUCGAUAACUAUUGAUAGUAUAAACUAUUUGGAAGUCCCCCUCCCUAUUAAUAUAUAAUAUACAUACUAUAGCUGCCGUUGUACUUACAGUGUCUGUGUAAUAUUAUAAGACACAAAAUCGUGUGUGAAGUGAGCCACCCUUUAGGGUGUGGAGUUUAAAAAUAGAUAGUGACUUUCCCAUUGAUUUAAAGGUAAAGUUUACGAAAUUUCAUCAAUAUAAUAAUAAAAUAAAACCGUAAAAUAUAGCAUCCAAAUAGAUCAUAUUUUUUUUUUUUUAUUAUUAUUAUAAUCAUUAUAAAUUAACAAUAUAGAUACAUUAACUUAUAUACUAUUUUAUGAUUAUCAAUCCCUUUUAAGCUAAGCUUGUGUUAGGAAUUGAGAGUAUACCUUUUAUAAAAAAAGAUCUAACAAGAAUUUAAUAAAUUGUGUACAUUAAAAAAUAUUAAUAUAUAAUGGAUACACAACAAAUAGAUAAGUAAUAAAAACGAACAAGUUGUUAACUAUACACUAUACAAUUUCUUGCAUUUUUACUUAACAUACAAUAAUAAUACUUAUAAAGUUGCUUAUGUCAGUCGAGGGUGAUCUAUAAACACAUAGAAUAUUAAUUGGUAUAUAGAGAUUCAUUAAGGAAAGUUUCACAAAAUUAGUUUCAACAAAAUCAUAUUCAUAAAAUUUAACAUUAAAAAAAAUCUUUAACAAAAAUAAAAAUUCUAUCAUUUUGAUUCCUAUUUAUGGACGAAUGAAAAAAAUUAAAACUAUCAAUAUUGUAAUUACAAUGAAUAGAUGCAUCAUGCUAGGUUUCAGUUAACACAAUCAUACCUAUUUUUUUACUGUCUUUUUCAUUUUUUAAGAAUAAAAUUAAUUCAUCAAAAUUUGAGUUGACACUUCUGAUGUUACAACAUAGAAUAUUUACAUAAUUGUUAUUUAGAUUAUUUUUCAUAUUAAAAAAUCCUGAGAAAGAUUUAAAAUAAUUAGUCUCAUAGCUAAGAUAUUAAGAUUGUUUUCCAUAUAAAUUAAGAAUUAUAAUACAUUUAAAAGUAUCUAAUAAAAAACGGUUAGGUUAUCAGUUCGUUAUCAAUUAUAAUGGCUUUGGUGCUUUCAUUUUUUUUAUGAACAACUUAGAAUUUCUAAACCAAACAUAUUUUUAGCCCACUUUACAAGCCAAAACUCUAGCUUUAAAGAAUAGAUUUUUAUUAAAUUGAGUUAAACUGUCAUUCAUAUAAAUCUUGUCAUCACUCCAAUUAGAAUUAACAGAUUUACCUGUUCAUUUUCGUUUCCUUACACUGUCCAUCAUAGAUUUCUUGCUCUGGUAUGUCUGUACUUCUGCCAUUAUUUUCUUGGGUUUAUUUUCAAUUUUUGAAAAAAUACGAAAAGCUUUUAGUGUAUUUACUUUCACUUCUACAGACUCAACGAUUGACAUCACUGUUUUUCCGCAGUCUUUAUUAUUUACCUCCGGAACACCUACAAUUUCAACGAAAUUUUCUAUUUCUUUUUGUUCCAAUACAUUCAAACGUUUAUCUAGAAUUGCAACUUCAUAUUUUAAUUUAUUAUUUUGCUCUUUUAAUACUUGAUUUUCUUCCUUGAUUUCUUUAAUAACUGUUACCAUUUCUUGCAGUUUUUUUCCAAAGCUAUCAAAUUUAUCGCUUAUAAAAUUGACUGAUUCUAUUAGGCUUUUAAUAUCCUUAUUAUUUGUAGGUUCGAUAUUUUUCGUAACUGUAUCACUCUUAGUAUUCUGUGUUCUUGUAUUAGGUUCACAAAAUUUGCAGUUAUUACAACACCAAUUUAGUCUGGCAUUAUUUGACAUUUUACGAAAAGAGUCUUCCCUUAACCCAGCACACGCAAAUUCCAAAAAUCCACUACACGUUGAACAUUUAAUAUCAUCACUGUCAUUUCAUCAAUUAUAAUAAUAAAAUAAAACCGUAAAAUAUAGCAUCCAAAUAGAUCAUAUAGAUAUAUACAAUAUAGUUCAAUAGAGUCUUUAUUUAUAGGCGGUCUGCUGUUCAGUUUAGAAGAGGGUGCUAGUUUUUGGAACCAAGCUCUCACGUGUCGUAUAUUUUUUGGUUCUAUGAUUUCGAUGUUCACACUGAAUUCGGUUUUAAGCGCUUACCACGGAUACGCAGGUCGAGUUGUUAACUAAUUUUUUAUUAUUUUUUUUUUUACAUUUUUUGAUGAAAAUAUAUCAAUACAAUGUGUACAAUUAAUUAUGUAUGUAUAGGUGACCUUACUUAUAGGGGCUUGUUAAAUUUUGGAAAAUUCGACGAUUUAUCCUAUCAUAUAUUGGACAUCCCGAUUUUUGUUCUAAUGGGUGUAACGGGUGGCCUGACAGGAGCGUUUUUUUGCCAUUCGGGUCUGAAAUUGAUUAGAUUUAGAAAAAGGUAAGUUUAUAUUUUAAUAAAAUUUUACAGUAGAUAUCUGCUACGAGCGUGUGGGUUCAUCGGAUGACACAAAAUGUCAGCCUCACUGCUACAUUGCAUCUUUAACUUUAAAUAAGUUUCCAACGAGAAAUCACGCGACGCCGGCUGCGGGCGGUUAAUGUUCCAGACACGGAUGUGGGUAAUCGCCCGUGGGGUGGUUUUUUGCGGCGAGCACUUACGUUUGCGGCUAAUGCCUGUUCAGAACCGGCGGGGGCAACCCCGAAAUCUUAAUAGAUAUCUAUAUUUUAUAAUUUAAACACUUUCUAAAAAUGUAUAAAUUCUUUACUAUGUGCUUGAAAUAAAAUAUAGACAUUUUCUUCUUCUUCGGUUUUCAAAGGCCAUUGAGACCCAUUACAGGCACAUUGUUUAUAUUUUCAGUAAAUUAAUUAGGUAUACAUUAUGUAUUAAAUUAAUAUAAAAUAUAUAAAUAAAAACUGUAGUCCAUUGACAGGGGGGUCACGUGCCCCUGUGCCCUCCCCCUCGAUCCGCCACUGUUGUCUAUUAUUGUUAUUAUUUUUUUUAAUAGAUAUAUUAAUCAAAAAUGGAAAAAAGUCGCUGAAGUUUUAAUCGUAUGCUCAGCCACAAUAACCAUCAUGUUUUUAGUAAUUAUAUUGAGUAGUGAUUGCAAAAAAAUUGGAGUCGAUCCAAUAGAAUAUCAUAUUCAAGUAUAUUUUAAACAAAUAUUAUAAAAUUAGUAUUAUUAUUUUUAAUUCGUAUAUUAAAAUUUUUUGUUUUUGUUGAUAUUGUUGAUACGUAAAUUAGUUUGGAUGCAACAAAGGUGAAUUUAACACAAUGGCUGCUUUAUGGUUUCAGCUUUUAGAAGGAUCAGUACGCUCGUUGUUUCACGAUGCUCCAGGUAUUAUACGUAAUAUUAUACCUAUAUAAUAAUAUUAUAGUUUUCAUAACCGUUGGUUUUCUUUUUACAUUUUUAGAUUCUGGAUGAAUUUUUAGUAAAAUGUUCAACUUUAAUCUGCUCAGAAUCAUUUUUUUUUUUUAUAAAUUCAAAAUGUUGCAACAAAUUAUUAUUAUUUUGAUUACUUACCUGGCUUAUAAAUUACUACAUAAUUAUUCCAUGAUUUAUUUUAUAUUUAGAUGUUUUCAAUGUACCUACAGUGGCCUGUUUUUGUUUAUGUGGUUAUUUUUUCUCGUUGAUAUCUUACGGAAUGAACUUUAGCGGCGGUUUAUUGAUACCCGGAUUAUGUAUCGGUGCAGCGUGGGGACGUCUCGUCGGUCUCGGGAUAUCUCAUUUUUUUCCAAAUACGGUAGACCAUAGAUUAUGUUAUAAUAUUAUAAUAAUACAUUAAUAGGUAUAGUGUAUUGAAAUAUUUUAGUAAGUUUCUAUUUUAGAACAUUGGCAUAUAUGCAUUGAUCGGUGCCGCAUCACAAUUAGGCGGAAUAACAAGAAUGACGAUUAGUUUAACGAUUAUAUUAGUAGAAGCAACCGGGAGUAUAGCAUUUGGUUUACCGCUCAUGGUUUGUUUGAUGACAGCUAAAUGGGUUGGCGAUUUUUUCUCUUUGGUAAGUGAAUUUUAUUUGGUUGAAUAUAAAAUUAAUUUACACGUUUAAAUUAUUUAUGUGUUAAAAUAUGCAUACAGACAAAUUAUAAUAUUAUAUUGUCUUGUUCUCCUUUGCCUUCAUCCCAACUAUUUGGGGUCGGCCACCCUCGUCCUAAACUUCCACUUGACUCGAUCUUCCACCUUGUUUUCACGCAUACACCCGCAAUCCUCAUAUCAUCCCCAAUCGCAUCCAACCAUCUCUUUUUCGGUCUUAAUCUCCCCCUCUUUCCUUCAACGUCUAUUUUCAUUACAAUUUCAAUUAUUUCUGAUUCGACUUUCUCUAUAUUAUAAUAAUAUAGAAAAAAAAGGUAAAAAAAAAAACCUUAGGGAUCAAAUAUGUAUACUUGCCGCUCUACGGAUGACUAUGUUACUGUCGAAAAUUGCAAGUUUAUAAAUAAAUUAAACUAAAUACAAAUGCAGGUAUAAACUUGUAAUAAUUAUGUUUAUGAACAUAAAGUGCAAAUUUAUGCGAAAAAAAAUUUUUUUUUCGUUUUUAAUUAUAUUUUUUAUUUAAAUGUCUAUAAGUGCAUAAUAUUUUAAAACACUAAUACUUUCCAUAGUCCCAUCAACUUUAAAUUUUGCAUACUCAUAUUUUUGAACAUUAUAGUAUUUUUAUAUAGUUGUUAAUUCAUGAACGAGGUUUUGCUUAUGCAAUCCUAGACUUUAUUUCUAAAGGUGGGCAAGUCAAUGAAAAUAAUUGACUCGAGUUAAAUUAAGAGAAGUGUAAAAGAAUACAAGAUCGAUAAAUUAGAAGUUAACAAUUAUAAAAUUAUGAAUUUAAUUCAGUAAGUUAAAAGUUAAUAUAUAGAAAAAAAUAUUUAAAAAAGUUGAUCUACUUUUUUAUUUCUAAUGAUUUUUAGAAUCAAAAUUAGAAAUGAUUAAUUUAAUUUACAUUUUAGAUUCUGAGUGUAGCGAAGAAUGUACCUAUUGGAUUUACGUUUUUUUUUUGUACUAUCACAAACAUUUCUAUCAAAAAUCUUGCUUCAAUAUAUAAGUAUAGCACCUUUUUGAAAAAAAAUUAGGUUUUAUUGACUAAAAAGUACUUUUGGAAGGUUAUUUUUUUAAUUUUCCAAGCAAUUUUCAUAAUAUCAGAAAAACCCAGGAUAAAAUGUAAGAAAAACGGGAAAAUUUACGAAAAUAUUGCAUUUAUUAUUUUAAAUUUUAUUUUUUGUUGUAAUUCAGAUAAAAAUAUUUGUAGAGACUAGAAAUUUGGACAGAAAACUUAUAUUUAGCUGUUCUUGACGUGGUCAAAUUUUUGUGCAAUUUAUAUACAUUUUAAUUUGCGAGUUUUGUACUUAAUUUUUAUUCGGUAGGUACUCUGGGGAUAAAAUGUUUAGACCAAACAGAAAUGCUUGAGAAUUUAACAUGAUGUUCAUUAAAAAUCGUACUUUGUGGUAAAAAAAAAAAUUGAGUAGAGGCUUAGUGUAUCACUUUUAAAUAUUCAUCGAAAUGAAAAUAUUUAUAUAGAAAAUAUAUUGUUGAUCAAACCGCUUGCAAAAUGCUGUUUAAAAUAAAAGUAUUUUACACUUAGUCAUCUAACUUUUAAAAUUAUUAUUAUUAUUUUUGUUAUUCAUUUUAUCAUUAUUUUAAUUACUAUUUAUUUAAUGUGAACAAAAUUAAUUUAACUUAAAUUGUAUUGUUUUACUGCAUUUGUACAAUAUAUCUGCAGUCUUCUAAGCUAAUAUAAGUUGAAAUGAUAUUAGAUAUAAAUGUUUUAAGUUUUUGUUGAGCAAAGCGGUGGUCGAUGGUAUUCAAGAGUAAAAAUUGUUCGCUACCCCCUCCCCCUCCAUGUAAUUGACCCGAAGAUGCCCCUGAGAAAUACUAUUAACUGAGCUCUGCUCAGAAUAAUUUUUUGUUGGUAAUGCUUAAAUUUACUUAGGUACAGAUAUACAUUAAAUUUCUUCAAUAUCCUAUCUUCCCAACUUCUCAUCUAUAACCACCCAUUGUGUGAAGUAUGUCCGUCAUUUUUUUUCUUAUCAAUCAUUAAUAUUAAAUUUUAUUAGUUCGCCCUUCCCUCCCAUAGUCAAGAUCUAAAGAUGCCCCUGUCUCUCUGUCCUGAUAACCUGUUCAAGAUCCAUUCAACUUGAAUAAUGUUUGAUUUUAAUAGUUUUGUUAACAUGCACCUAUUUAAACAGAACAUUUAAUAAUUAUAGUUGUUAAGCUUAUAUAAAUUUAUAUUACUUUUAGAGCAUAUACGAAACACAAAUUGAAUUGAGUGGUAUGCCGUUGUUAAAUUGGGACCCACCGCCAUUAUCAUCUAACAUAAACGCCAAAGAUUUAAUGACUCAACCAGUUAUUUCUUUUAUGACUAAAGAAACAGUAGGAAACAUUGUAAAAAUAUUGAAAAAGUAUUCACAUAACGGGUUUCCAGUAAUCGAAUAUGUUCAUAAUUGUGAAUUAGUAAGUAAACUAAAUUAACUAAUGUAUUAAAUUUUGUUAUUCACCUAAUAUUUUAAUAUCAUUAUUUAAAAUAUAAUGUUUCAAUGUUUUUUUUUUUACAUAUAGGAUGAAGGGAAUUUUAAAACUAAAUGUUUUUUACGUGGUCUAAUAUUACGAUCUCAAUUAGUUGUACUUUUGCAAAACAAAGUAUUCGACGGACCCCUGACUAAUAAUUGGGAAUCGGUCACAAUCGAAACUUUCAGACAAGAUUAUCCAAGAUAUUCAGAUAUUGAAGUAAAUAGAUUAAAAAUUGCCUAUUGCAAUAUAAAUUCUGUAAACACCUAUCUUGGCUUUUCUAUAAAUUUGAAAAAUGUAUUUAUAUACUAAUUAUGCAAUAUAUAAUUUUCAUUAUAGGAUAUUAAUCUUACACAGGAAGACGUUAAAUUAACAAUUAAUUUAUCGAGAUUUAUGAAUCCAUCUCCAUAUAUUGUCCAGCAUGUGAGUUUAAUCGUAUUGUCAUUAGACAUAGGCAAAUAAGUUAAAAAGGUAUCUACUAUUAGAGAGACUGUAAUAUAGGCUCUCUAGAUACUAUAUAUUAAAUGAAAUAUUACAAUUAUAAUCUUGAUGCAUAUUGUAUGUAUUUGUUUUACAUGUAGACAAUGUCAAUGCCACGUAUUUUUAGACUAUUCAGAGCAAUGGGACUUAGACACAUAAUUGUCGUUAACGAGUGUAGUGAGGUAAAAUGAAGUUAGACGAUAUUAUUAUCUUUUAAACAUAUUACUAUUAGUAUUGAUAAUAUUUAGGUUGUUGGAAUUGUUACUCGUAAAGAUUUGGCUCGAUACAGAGUUAGCAGACACAUGGGAAAAAUCAGCGUAACAGAACUUAAGUUUUCAAACAAAAUAAAUUAA